AUCGCGUGCAGAGGCAUCGCUUGUAUGUGCCUCUCUUUGCUUCGACGCGACCGACGCAGUGUCCGUAACCGGUGUUCGGAAAAUUGUGCAUGUGCGUUUUCCGACUAGAGCAGUGUGUGUGCUUGUGAGAUGUGCUAUUGUUUUCUAGUGGUUUACAAGCUGAGGAUCUACUUACACAAUUGCUAGUAGAAGUGCUAAGGCGCUGAAUUAUUAAUAAACAUUUACAAAACAAGAAAUCUAUAGAAAAUUCAAUUUUAAGAGUCAAUUAUCAAGCGUGUCACGACGAGCGUAGUGCUGCGCCGUUGUCGUUACGCCGAUAUCGAUACCGCGUCGCGCCGCGCGUGGUUUAUCGCCUGUCGCUGCAAUAGUCAGUGCUUGCCAGAGUCACGUGACUCGGCUUGCACGCCCCGCCACAGCCGUGGAUAACCUCGGCCAGAGCCCCCUCCCGGUGAAGAGGCUGCACGAAGCGCUUCAGAGUGCGCAAGUGAAGCGCCAGCGGCUCUCCCCUCCGUACCCCGCACCCCCCACUUCCCUUCAUCCUAUCCACCAACUAGCCGUACACCAACACAUCAAAGUGCAGCAAAGCAUAGUGCAACAGAGCAUCGUGCAGCAGCACCAAUUGAACCUGGCCCACCAAUCACUGCAAAACCUGCAGGCGCAGCAAAGUCUGCAGGCGCAACAGACUCUCCAGGCGGCGCAAAGCCUGCAAGCGGCUCAAAGUCUGCAAGCAGCUCAAGGGCUGCAGGCGGCACAGAGUCCCGCGGCAACGGGCGGCGCAGGUGUGCAGCAGGCGCCAGGAGCGACACAAGGCGCGCUGGUGCCGCCGCAGCAGCCUUCGCCCCGGGCCGCGUCACCCCAGCACAAGAACAUGGAGUUGGCCCUUUGUCAAAGCAUGGACUCCGUCAACACCGCCACCACUGAGGAAGAGGUGCGGACAUUGUUUGUCAGUGGGCUACCGAUGGAUGCAAAGCCUCGAGAACUGUAUCUGUUAUUUCGAGCAUACGAGGGCUACGAGGGUUCGCUGUUAAAGGUUACCAGCAAGAAUGGAAAGACAGCGUCGCCCGUGGGUUUCGUCACGUUCCACACUAGAGCUGGCGCAGAAGCUGCUAAACAAGAUCUUCAGCAGGGCGUCCGAUUCGACCCCGACAUGCCGCAAACGAUUCGGCUGGAGUUCGCUAAAAGCAACACGAAGGUCAGCAAGCCGAAGCCGGCAGUUGCCACCGCCGCGCCAGCUACACACCCCGCAUUGAUGCACCCUCUCACUGGACACCUAGCGAGUCCAUUCUUCCCUGGCGGAGGAGCUGAGCUGUGGCAUCACCCACUGGCGUACGGAGGAGAGUUACCGGCGUUGUCGCACGGGUUGGUGCACCCCGCUAUCCACCCGCAGAUGGCGCCCGUUCGCUCUUACCUCUGACUAGCUGCCGCCGAUAGGCCACACCACACCCCUCUGACGCUGGGAGCUUGCGUACUACCAGCACCAGCGUUAGGAUCUCCGGGCGCGGCCGUGCCCGCGCAUGCGCCGGCGCCGACCGCGCACCCUGCGCAUCCUGCGCCUCCCUGCUCUACGCUGUUCGUUGCCAACCUUGGCCAGUUCGUGUCAGAACACGAGCUUAAAGAAAUAUUCAGCAGUUGCCCCGGUUUCUCGCGCCUGCGACUCCUGACGGGCGGCAACGGCGGCAGCUCGGGGCCGGUGGCCUUUGUCGACUUCGCUAGCCCCGCCGACGCCGGCACCGCACUCGCUCGUCUGCAAGGGGCGCUGCUCCUCAGCUCCGAGGGCGCCAUCCAUCUCGAAUACGCAAGGCAUAAGAUGGCACACAACGGCUGGAUUCUUUCACAUGAAGGAGCCAAAGGCGGAGAAGAGGGCGAACAACAUUAGUUCGUUCGUGGCUCUCGGCACUUGACAACCAGCUAAUUGAGGGACGCGCAAUCUGGAUCCUCUGAAUCGCAUCGGAACUACCACAGGGGAUGGAGCUACCAACACCUACAACGUAUGCUCACAUUUCUACUAACAUCUUAUCAAGACACAUGGGUUUGAGAAACCAAACCUACUAGUAGAGUAUACAUUUUUAUAUUAAGCUCUAUCGCCUUUUUAGUUUUGUUUCCUAUACAAACGGCGUCAGAGGAGUGGUGUGUUUUUCUUUUAUACCAAAUUUAGCAAUUGUUGAUUGUAUUAUUAUUAACAUUCCAGUUUUAUUGUUUACCGUUCAUAAUUAAAGUAAUAUAAUUUGAAAUUUAUCUUUUGUAAACGUAAUCACUGUAUUUAUUUAAUAUUAUUCAUUUUAUUGUGUAACAUAAGAUUUAUUUACAACUAACUUAUUAUACUAGAAUGUUUUAUAUUUGUUUCUACAAAGCCGAUGUAUACAAUUGAGAGGAUUUGUUAUGAAUAUAGCGUAUAACCAGAAAUUAAACAUUUUAGGAUAUUAUCUCAUUCGAUUAAGCUAAAAACCAAAGGUGCCCUUCAUAGAAAGAUUACGUUUUGUUAAAUAAUAUUUCAAGUUAAAUGAUUUUUAAUAAAGUUGUAUGUAAUUAUUACGAUACUUUUGUUUUAGCCUCAAUAAUGUUAGCGUAUUUAAAUGAAUUUCAUGACUAUUUCAAAUUAUAUUUACCUAAUACUUUCUUAGUAAUUUUUAUAAUGUUCAAUCACUCGUUAAAGUGCUAGCACUCUAGUGUUGGUCUUACUAUCCUUUCUAUCUGUAAAUGGAUUUAUUGCAAUAAUUAUAUAAAAAUUUUACUGACUUGACGCGAAAGGACGUGGUCGCCCCUCGGUGCGCUUGCUGUGGAGUGCAAUGCAUCACUGAACUGUCAUCACUCACUCGCAUCGUAUUCUGUCCAGUUCAUCCAUUAUAUCCUACUGUAUUCUUAACUCCAUCCCCUUCCCAUCCUAAACCUUUAUAAACACACCAAAAUUUCUUGUGCCUUGCGAAAUUACGAUUGAAACAAAAUUUUCGUGAUUACAUUUUCAAUUUCUUGGAGUUCCUCAACGAAGUUCGUUGUGAAACUUUACCUACUGAUCCCGUUGUCUCUGCGAUUAGUAUGCGAUGCGACACAAUCGAGAAAGUUCAGUCUUGUUGCGAGAAUUUAGCCUUGGCCUUAUGAGAGUUAAAUAAUUAAAUGUAAUCAUUAUAUUAAUUAAUAGUAAUUACGUGGCGUCAUACGCGCCAACGCUGAAUAGUAAAACAAUUACUCUACUAUCUGCAUGCUUUGACGAGCUUUUUGGUAAUAAUCUAAUUUAAAAUUUAAUAGUUAUACUUUUAUUGUGUAAUCGUUAGGUCGAUAAAUUUAGAUAAGGGUAUUUAUUGUAGAGAAUCAGCAUAGUUACAUUACUAUUUAAUGAAAGUUAUUCAUACAUAAUAAUGAAACCAUGUAAUGAAUUUUUAAAUUUACUGAUGUGUUAGGAUUAAUCAAAUGGAAGAUUAAUAUAUUUUUUAUUUUUAGCUAGUUGACUAUCGCAUACAGAUUGACUACUUAGUUACUUAAUGUUUGAUGAAAACACAGUGACGACAUAAGUACACAUCAGUGCGAGAUAGCAAUAAACCAAAAA